AUGUACAUCACCCUCUACUACAUAGUCACCCGGCUCCCUGACUCUCUCCGCGUAGUCAGGGACCACUUCCUCUCAGUUUGCCCCACCACUCUCACCGUUGACCUCCUCGAGAAGGCCCUCCUAGCGAUACAGAAGAGCAUAGUCGCUGUAGGAGCCUCUCUUGGUGACCCUCGCACCCCCGUCUUUGAGGGGUGUUCUCCCUCCCCCUCUUGCCCUCUGUUGCCUCUGCUGCUGCGGCCGACCUCGUUGGUUUCGAGUCGGUCGGCGCUGCGUCUGCCCCGAGCGGGAAACGCCGCGCUGGCAGGGGCAAGGGGGGCAAGGGCACAGGAGGGGCUCGAGGGGGCGGUGGAGGUGGUGGUGGAGGCAAUGGAGGGAGUGGGGGUGGUGGUGGGAGUGGUGUCGGGAGUGGCGGCGGCGGCGGCAGCAGUGGAGGAGGCGGAGGCGGUGGAGGUGGCGGAGAGAGCGAACGCGGUGGAGGUGGCGGAGGUGGUGGAGGUGGAGGAGGCGGCGGAGGCGGCGGAGGUGGCGGCGGCGGUGGUGCUGGAGCGGGUCAUGACUCUGCGCAGAGGAGUGGCUCAGGUGGUGGUCCGCGCCAGCAGCAGCGGAGUGGUUGCGUCUGCUGCCCCAGGUGCCAGUGCGUCUGCUGCCCCAGAUGCUAGUGAAUCUGCUCUCUCAGGUACUACGUCGGCUCAGGCCUUCCACACCUUCACCCUUGACUCGGGUGCGUCCCGCUCCUUCUUUCGAGACCGCACCACUCUUACGCCGCUUAGUCGGCCGGUUGCAGUCUCCCUGGCAGACCCCUCUGGGGGUUCUGUCCUUGCUAGCUUGUCCACUGUACUACUGUGCCCGGCAGCCCCCUCUGGCACCCUGUCAGGUCUCUACCUCCCCUCGUUCUCUACGAACUUGGUGAGUGGAGCGGACCUACAGGAUAGGGGGGUUGACCAGUUCACUCCUGCAAGUCAGCGAGUGACCCACUGCACGUGUGCUUGGACAGGUCGACACUUGGCCACGUUCACCCGUCGGCCAGGGUCGAGCUUGUACACCCUUACUACUGAGUCUCCUCCGGUUGCUGAGUCUGGUCAGGUAGCUGCGUCGAGUCAAGUGUUUGCUGCGGGCCUGGCCCUACCUGGGCGAGAGCGGUACUUUCUACUGGUGGUUGACGACUUCUCGCGUUACACCACAGUCUUCCCCUUGCGCAGCAAGGGUGACGUCACUGAGGUGUCGAUCGACUGGAUCCGCGCAGCUCGUCUCCAGCUCAGAGAGAGUUUCGGCUCGGACUUUCUUGUUCUGCGUCUGCACUCGGACAGAGGCGGGGAGUUUUCCUCUGCUCGUCUGGGAGCCUUCUGCGGUGGACAGGGCAUCCGCCAGACCUUCACGCUUCCGGCCUCUUCACAGCAAAAUGGGAUUGCUGAGCGCCGCAUUUGCAUGGUCAUGGACGUCGCGCGUACGUCCAUGAUGCAUGCGGCUGCCCCCCAUUUUCUGUGGCCGUUUGCGGUUCAGUACGCCAUGCAUCAGCUCAACCUUCAGCCCCAGGUCUCCUUGCCAGAGGCCUCCCCGGCCUUGCGGUGGACCGGGAAGGUUGGCGAUGCGUCUGCCUUUCGGGUCUGGGGAUCUCGGGCGAUUGUCCGUGACUUGUCUGCGGACAAGCUGUCCCCCCGUGCUGUUCCCUGCGUCUUCUUUGGCUUCCCCCCUGACGCGCUUGGGUGGCAGUUUUACCACCCCACCUCGCGCCGUGUGUCCCAGGUAGACGCAGUCGAACCUGUCAAGGUAGCUGUUGACUCUGGUGCUGCUAGAGGUGCUAGGUCUACGGGUGCCGGGUCUGGGGGUGCUGAGUCUGGGGGUGCUGAGACGGGGGGUGCUGAGCCUUGGGGUGGUGAGUUUGGGGGUGCUGAGCCUGGGGGUGCUAGGUCUGCUCGUGUGGCCGCCGGCGGUGCUUUGUCGAGGCGGGAGCCACUUUCUCCACAGGAGCUGCGUGAGUGGUUUGCCCGCCGCUGGAGACGUGCUGCUGAGACUGGGGGUGUUGCUUGGGGUGUUGGCGCUGGUGUCUCUAUAUGCGCUGGUGCGUCUGGGGGUGCUACUGAGCCUACUAGAGCUGGUGCUGCUGGAGCUGGAGCUGCUGGAGCUGGAGCUGCUGGGGGUGUUGGCACUGGUGGUGCUGGAGGCACUGAUGUUUCUGAGGCUACUGGAGCUGCCAGUCCUACUGGAGCUGGUGCUGCUGGAGCUGGAGCUGCUGGGGGUGUUGGCGCAGGCGGUGCUGCUGGCGCUGGUGCUUCUGAGGGUACUGGAGUUGGCGCUGUUGGAGCUGGAGGUGCUACUGGCGCUGGUGCUGCCGCUAGGGGUACUCGUGCUGUCCUUGCUGGUUCUGGAGGCGCUGCGCGGCCGAGGCCAUACUUCGUUCCGCUCUUGGAGCAGCGUCGUGAGCCUGCGUCUCACCCUGCGUCGCCUGUUCGUGCUGCUCGCACUAGUGGUCGUACUGCGCGUCCACGUCCUCCUGCGGUCCCCGGCACACACCAGAUGGCACUGCGUCCUUCCACUGCUCCUCUGCGUGUCCCGUUGCCGUCUCCUCCAGAGUCUUCUCUUCCUACUCUUGCUGACCCAGAGUCUGACUCCCUUUGUGCUGCUAGUCCUUCGGUCACGCGCCUUCUUGCUAGUGUUGUCACUGACCCUUCCUUUGAGUCCACUGCUGCGUCUGCCCUCGUUGCUGAGCUUGUCGACUUCGCUGCUCGCUGUCGUCUAUACUACGCUACCAGUCUCGUUGCUGAGUCUGAGUCUGUCUGUCCUCCGUACGUCGGGGGUGAGUCAGCUCUUAGCACGGACGUCCUUGAGGACAGGCAGGAGGAGUUCCAGUGCUUUGUGGCUACUUUGCCCCAUCUCGUGUCCACGCUGAUUGCCCCUGAGGGAGACCCGGAUGCACCAGACAUCCUGACUUCUUGA